AUGAAUAUACCUGUGGAUGGUGUGAAUGGAGGUAGGCCAAGCAAUGUUGAGCUGAAGGCAGAGAAAAGUCGAAUUAGACGUGUAAUGAUUGAUUGUUGCAAGCACGAACUGAUGGAGUGCGAACAUGUGAUUGCUGCGGGAGCGGCUCCUUUGAGCUGGUACCUUAUUCGAAAGGAAGAGAUUGGUGAGAGAUUGGUGGAAAUGCCCGACGCAGUUUUGUGGAACAAGGUCAAAAAUUUUGUGUGUGGCCCCCCUGGUAGGGACAUUGCAUCAUUUGGCCGUUUCAUAGGUAGCUUUGUAGGACGAGCGAUUGGGAAAGACUACUUCAUCGAGGAAUUUCAGCAAUACCAUCAAAGCAGGCAUUACCUUGUUGCUAAUGAUGUACCAGCAGUGAAAGCAGUUGUAAAGAUCUAUGGCAUUCAUUCACCUCUUGAGUUUAUCCAGUGCCCUGGUGGGGUGGACAGAAUUGAUGACGUAAUGGAUAGGUUCGAUCUCAAUGUGUGCAAAGUAGCAUUUGAGUUCCGCAAUAAUGUUGGCUCGACUCUGUUCGAUGAUGAAAUAGCCACUGGGCUUACAAGUAUCGAUGCAUCUGUGUGGGCAACGGCAAGAAAGACAGUUGUCAAUAAUACGGAGAAAAGGAAGCUACGAUCAACUCUGCGAAGAAUGUCUGUGUACGAGUCGUAUGGGUUCGAUAUCAACAAUGCCGAUAUUGCUCGCGGUGUUAUUCAGGAGAGCUUGGAUCGCGCGGAUAGAGUGGAACAAGAGGGCGAAGGCGUUCUGAACAUCCCUGAAGUGUCGGAUGAUGAAAUGGAAAUGUGA